ACAGAUGUGGCUGCGAUUAGAUCAGCAGUAGUACAGCCGGAGGAACUGCAAGUUUAUCGUUCCUGAUGUAAAGCCCAUCCGGCCGCCUCCCUUGUCUCUAUGACGUGCUGGGGCAGCUCUUCUUUUCCUCCACCUGCCAUGGCAGGCUGGUCCCGUGAAGCAGUUCUGCUCCUUUAUCGCACUCUUCUGCGUCAAGGGCGUCAGCUGCAGUUAACAGACAGAGAUUUCUAUACUUCACGCGUGCGACGGGAGUUCAGGAAACAUCAGAAUCUGACAAAGCUGGAGGACAAGAAGAGGCAGCUGGAAAAAGGACAGUUCUUCCUUCGAACCAAACUUGGUGGACUGGUGUAA